UUAGUUUGCCGUGCAAGGAAGAGCAAAUGCACGCUGUCAGUCAUCAAUACCCAACCUCAGCCUCCAUGCCUGCGAUGCCGUAAAGAGAACAAGCAAUGUGUCAUUGGCAGCAGCAAUCGUGGAGGCAGAAGGGUUAGAAGGUCCACCAUAGCCUCACAACAAGCACAAGUAAACGAUGAAUCCGCACAAGCAACAUCCUGUCUGGCUAUGGAUAUCGAUUCUACUGUCGGAACAGCACCAGCGAACGAUAUGAGACCACACGAGCAGAACAAUGAGGAGUCCGGCCGUUCAUCGAGCUCUGAUAAUAUACCUUUCAACGACUUGCAGAAUCCUUCUGAUGCUUUGGACAUCUUGGCUCAAAUUGCAAGCAAUGACAACAAUAACAACAAUCCGUCUCAGCAGACCGCUUGGCAAGAGAGGCAACAGAAUCAUAGCCUUCGUACGAAUUCUCUAUACUCGAACAAUUGGAACAAUGAUGGCCUGGAUUAUCAUCUUGUGCGGUCAGGCGCUCUGUCGUCUACCAAGAUAUCCCAAUUGGUCGAACGCUAUCGUCAACAUUAUCACCCUUACUUUUCACUUGCGCCUCCAAGUACCCUGGACACAAACAAUCUAGUAAACACAGCCAAGGACGAACCUCAUCUGUUGACAGCCAUGCUAGUCAUUGCUUCAAAAGACCUGACGGAGGAACCACAAAUCUUUACGGCGUGCUCAGCAUAUAUGCAGUCAUUGGUUUCUGCAUUGGUCGCCGGUGGUCCCGGAGGAGUCGAAGCAGUCGAAAGUCUGCUUAUACUAGCCGAAUGGACACCGUAUACAUCAAGAAGCCGUGCAGGAAACGUCGGACGUGGAGAAGAAGAUCGCGAAGCCUGGAUGCACGUCGGUACUGCUUUGCGUAUUGGCUAUUAUCUCGGACUGGACAAGUAUUCGUUCCCUGUGGCAGGAGACAUCAAAGACCCUCAGUGGAAGCGCAAGCGUCUAGUCUGGACUUGCUGCUACAUAUCGGACAGACAAAUCUCUAUUCGUAUUGGUCGUGCUUUCUGGAGUCGAGGCCCGGGCCCUGGAUUAGCUAUUCGGAAGGAAGACUAUCCUUACCAACCCCAGACUCCUGGCGACGAAGACUUCCCAAGGUUGUUCCAGGCUACAUUGGAGUUGACGCUACUAUUCAGUAAUGUGCAUGAUGUGCUAUAUAGUAGCCCCGGAAACAGUCUGAGAAAUCAUUUGACUGGCGGUUACUAUAUCAAAAUCGAUUUCCGCAGCGCUUACUAUGGAUGGAACGCUGUAUACGGCACAAUGACAUGCUCACCGAAUCUGAAAGCGAUGCUGCUAAUGUCCUAUGAUUACUUACGGUUGUAUACCAACGCUUUUGCAUUUCAUGCCACAAUUCGUCGCGCAUUACCCGAAGGAGAGAACGGAAAACCUUCCUUCAGUCGAGUGUUCUACAACAAUGUUGGAGCUGUUGGAGAUGCAAGAUUUAUCUAUGAAGGCCUCGAUGCUGCAAAAAGUCUUUUGACAACCAUGAACAACUUUGUUGAUGCGGAAAGAAUGUUACGAUAUAUGCCGUUGAGGUUCUAUCUUUUCACAGUCUAUGCAGGCGUAUUUCUGUAUCAUGCCCGCACUGUUGGCGUGAUGGCACCUGAAGAAGAAGCUUCGGUCAGAAGGAUGAUUCAGCAGACAGUGACUGUGCUUCAAAGAUCAGGCGUUGGAGAGGGUCACCCUGGCAGCCGGUAUUCGCAGCUGCUGAAAUUGCUCUGGGACAAGGUGGACAGAAAGUCACACAGGGAAUCUCGGUCUACGCGGUCGCUUGCCACGCUUGAGAAUCCAUACAGACCUGUCAGCGCUACCACGCCGGCCUCAAAUUCUGCCGCCUCAGCCUCAUUAGAGUCGCCAGCGGUGGCAGAUCAGAUGGGCGACUUUAGCUGGACGGACUUGGACGCCAUAGGAAACUUUGCUGUCAAUGGAAAUGAAGGCAUGUCAACAGAUGCCGAGUGGUGGACUGGGUUCCUUCCGACGGACAGCGGUCCUUUGGGUCCCAUGAGCGGAUUGGGAUCGAUGGACAAUUGGAGCUUUAUGCUGUAG